GCACUGAAGUGGGAGGGUGUAAAUGGGGAGGUCAGAAUGCAUUGCUCUGGGUCUUCCACUCACUGAAUGUCGCCUUCAACCGUGACACUUCAAAAACGAUUUAUUGACUACACUGGAAAGAGUGACAUAACCUCGGAGUAUCCUUUGGGUGCGUGCAGUUCAAGUGCACGUUGGAAGCUCUCAAAGGUGCUUUGGUGAUACAUCUCAAGACUUCUGUCUCUGAUUGCUGAAAAAACCCAGAAAGUAUGGAGAAGAUUAAAUAUCCCUCUGUGUGUGUGGUGGACACCCAUGCCACAAGGCCUCCAGUGCCCCCCAGGCUGAUCCAGGUGCGAAAAAAGACCGGGGUGGCUCAGAUCCUGCUCUUCAUGCUGGUGAGCGUGGCGCUGUGCGGCAUGGUCAUAGAAGCAUGCUUCAUCUAUGGACUCUACCAGGCCGAACAUUUGCAGACCGACUCAGAAUCGAUCUCUAAGCUCAUCGGAGUUACAACUGCCACUAAACAACCCAGUUAUGGUAUUCCUCCCUCCAAACCGGUUGCACAUCUGACAGAUGGACAAGAUGUAGCUCAUGCAAAAAACAAAAUGGCAUGGAGCAUGAAUGCAGAGCCUCUCCUCUAUGAAAUGACCUACAAAGACAGAGAGCUUAAAAUUGAGAAAGAGGGUUAUUACUAUGUCUAUUCCAAGGUUUUCUUCUCAGACAGCAACGGAUUUCAGCAUCGUAUUAGCAUGCAUACUGACAGGUAUUCAGGGAAUAUCACCCUCCUGCAGUCCAGGAAAUAUCCUUCACAUUCAAAAGUCAGUCAAAAAACACAAUCCAACAGUUACCUGGGUGGAGUGUUUCACCUUUAUAAGGAUGAUGGUAUUUUUGUGGACGUGAGUGACACUGCAAAAAUUGUACGCCACAAACCCUCUGAGAAUGUCUUUGGUGCCUAUAUGAUAUAGAUGCCACAUAAAGGCUCUAAAUGAGAGUAAAUUAAAACCUAUAAGUCCUCUCAGGGGUUUGUGAUUCUCUUUGACAUGAAAAAGCAGGUCCGUAACCGCAAGGAAGGCAAGUGUCAAAUCCUCUUUGUGCCUUUGCACGUUGCAAAGUGCAGGGCUGUGCUGCCAGCUUUGUUUCUGCAGAUGUAACUCUCAAUUUUGUUUUAUAAGUGUAACGAACAGUCGGACAACAGGGAAAUUUGAUAUGCUUAUAUGCUUGUGUAUUUGCUUUAAAACAAAACUUUGAUUGUUAAAACAUGAUU